CUUUUCUAGAUUAAACUAAUUAAGGGAAUAAGUACACUUUUCCGUUGCAUUUCAUCUAAGAUAUUGCAUUCAUUUCGUAUGUAGUGCGCCCUAGAAUAAGAUCUUUAGGCGUGACUAAUAUAAUUCGACAGGCGUUGUGCGUCUAUCAAAUACAGUACAGUGGUCAUUAGGCUCCAAAAACAAGACCAUCAAAGAAAGUUUUGCGAAAUUCAUGGAUUGCUGAGUUGUCAUUUGGACCUUUGCAAGAUCAUCCGGUACCUGGCGAGGUGAGGGGCGUGUGUCACGUUCACUCGCGAUUUUGCCGAGCUCGCCUUGCGGUGUCGUGUCGGAAUCGGCAACCGGGCCAACUUCAGUAAACCAGGCCGGCGGCGCAGAGCGGGGGUGAUGUUCAAGACGCUUCAGCGCGGCCCGACCAGCGGGUUAUGCUCUUACAACGUGAGCCACUCGAGGCUGGCUGCCCUGAGCACGCUUUGCGGAGAGGGCAGCGGGGCCGCGGCGUGGCUGGGCAGGCGGGUGGGCUCGGUGCUCUCCUGGUUGCAGAAGGGCGCAGGGGAAGGGAGAGGGAAGGGCAUGAUCGCCAUCAUCGCCAACCAGUGCAGCUUCGUGACGGGGCAGAGGCUGCGCCGCGCUUACCAGAUCGGGGAGCUGUACGGCAGCCUGUACUCCGAGAGGUCGCGCAGGAGCCUGAUGGGGAGCCUGUGGCGCCGCUUCCAGGGCCGGUCUUCGCGCACGGGCAAGCUGGUGGCGGCCUUGGCCGGGGUGUUCAUGUGGGAAGAGGAGAAGAUCAGAGACGACGAGCUGCAGAGGUGUGCCAGUGAGAUGCAGAACGUGGAGCUGCUGAGCCGCCUGAGCGCGGAGGGCUGGCAGAAGGACCACCACCAGGGCUAUGAGCAGGGCUGGGAGGUCGUGAUGGACCGGAAGGGCUUCUACGUGUGGAGGAAGCCCAUCCCUGACAGCCACCUCUACGAGUACAGAGUACUGGGAACCUACACUGAUGUCACUCCCAGACAGUUCUUCAAUGUCCAGCUGGACACAGAGUACAGGAAGAAGUGGGAUGCCCUGGUGAUCAAGCUGGAAGUGAUCGAUCGAGACGAGAUCACUGGAUCAGAAGUGGUGCACUGGGUCACGCACUUUCCAUACCCGAUGUAUUCCCGGGAUUAUGUGUACGUCCGCAGAUACAGUGUGGAUCUGGAGAACAAUUUAAUGAUUUUAGUGUCCAGGACGGUGGAACACCCCACUGUGCCCGAGACUGCGGACUUCGUGCGGGUGAGGUCCUACCAAUCCAAGAUGGUCAUCCGCCCACACAAAUCGUUCGAUGAGAACGGCUUUGACUACCUGCUGACGUACAGCGACGACCCCCAGACCGUGUUCCCACGGUACUGUGUCAGCUGGAUGGUGUCUAGCGGAAUGCCCGAUUUCCUGGAGAAGCUUCACAAGGCCACUCUGAGGGCCAAGAACAUGGAGAUGGAGGUCCGAGACUACCUCUCCGCGAAGCCCAGCGAGAUCAAGCCCCCGCCCAGCUCUGAGCGCCUGGGGGACACGAGCCGGACAGGGCAGCAGGGCCAGGGCCACAUGGAGUACGCCUAGAGUCGGAACCCCCCCUCCCCAACCUCCCCCCCGCUACCAUCCCCCAACGCACGGCGCAACUGAGGGGCCGGAAAACACCGGCAGGCUAAACCAAAACCUCCAGGCAAGCACUGGCUAGCAGCAGGAAGCUGAGGC